AUGGCCGCGCCGACAAUAACCGUCCAUCAUAUAUCUCCUGGAGUCAUACACAGGAUAUAUCGUCGCGGCGCCGUUCUAGCCAUCACCGAACACGUUCCACCAGUACCAUUCAGGCCAGAUUACUAUGAACCGUCCUGGUACCGAAAGCCAGCAGACGGAGAAGAUGUCAAGGCGUCAGGUCAGUUGGGGUGGUGCUUAAAGUGGCCGCAGAUUGAAACUCGGCCGAAACAGGGCGCACAGCAACAUUCACUCAUGAUUUUGGAGGUCAUCUCUGGGGGAUACUACAGGCGCUCUCAGGUCUUUAAGUGCCAGUUGGACGGAGAUGAAGGGAGAGUCUAUAUGGCUAAGGCAUAUGACCCGGCUUUCAGUAAUGAAUACCCGUUCGAUGUCACAUGGGCCGCCGACGCCUCAUACAGUACUGAGGCAGCCGCAUACGAGGACAUCAAGCGGUUCGGAUACGAUGGCCAGUUCAGUCCAAGAUACCAUGGUUCAUGGACCUUCAACCUGCCGAUAAUCAAGGAUUCUAGCCCAAGGGCUGCUCCAUGUCCCAAUACACGGCCAGUCAGGAUGAUUUUAAUGGAGUAUGUUGAGGGACUUGACUUUGAUGAGAUUUUCAAGGUGAAGGUGGAGUUGCUUCUUUCGACUCAAGCGCGGCUCCACGUUCUGAACGACAUAUUCAGAGCGAAGGCCUUCCUCGAAUUUGCCGGCGUUUCCCACCGCGAUCCAUUCCCGAGGAACGUGAUACUGCGUGGAUCCUCUUCUACCGCGAGAGACAUGACAGCAUACCCCACUGCUGGUAAAGUGGUGAUCAUCGACUUUGAGCACGCAGUCGCUACACGGAGGCUACAUUGUUGCAUUGAUGCUCCAACAGAAGACCGACCAAUCAACCCGAUAUACCAUCAUUGGCGCCAUUACCCCGUAGAAUGGAGCUGCUUGGUACCGGAGCCCUACUUCAGUGAUUAUGCCGAAUGGCAGAAAUGGAUGGAGAAUUCAUGGAUGAACGAUCCUGCUUUUUGCGCGCCUCUUGGCAUGGAAAUAGCACCAUGGGCUAGGGACACACGCGACUGGUUCUCGCGGUUUGUAUGA